UCGUGUGCGGUUGAGCAAACUUUCGGCAGAGUUGAGUGCGGCUGUUAUCAUCUUUUCCGCCGGGCCCCGCCAACAAAAUGCAUCAGGUUCCACAGGAAUUGGUUUGCAGUCAGCGAAAGGUCUCCAGCCGGUCGAACACAAACUCUGCAGGAAUAUUCAGCAGAAUCCAAGACAGCACCAAGUGCCCAUCUCAACGUCCAAGAUCACCAACUCGUCAUAAACCUCAGCCACAUUAUGCAAGAUAUAUCAGAACCAAUUCAAGAUUUAUAAAUGAGCCUUUUGCGUAUAUGGGAACUAAAGCUACAAUGUCAAAUCAGUUUCAGUGGAUGACGCAUGAAACACCCAUCCUCAUGCGACAUACCCCAAGUUACAGCUUGGAAAGCACCCAAAGACACGACUUCCAGAACUUUGUCUGCAAGCCAAAUCCACAAACCAGACAUGGAUGUAAUCCAAACAAAUAUCCUUGUUCUGGCAUAGUACCACAGGUGGAUCCAAAUGAGUUAAUUUCUCCACCAAAGGUGUAUCGAGAAUUUAUAUCUUUCAUUCACCAAUAUGAUGCAAGAAAGUAUCCAAAUGAACCUAUCAGAGGAAAGCGUCAGGGAGCCUUUGUGUGCACCGAGAUAAACUCGCAGAAUGGAAAAAUAGCUCCCAGAGGAGCAGAAACAUUCCUGGUUACCGGAGGGUCACAUUCAUUGGAACAUUUGAAAGAGAAUGGAAAUCUGAGGAAAAACAUAUUGGCCUCGCCCAGGCCCAGCUCAAAUUCCCAACAGAUGCCGUGUUCAGGAACGUGCUUAUCAAAACCGGGCCCAGAGGAAGCUGCCAAGGGAUAUCCCAGAAUUCCUGCAGAAAGACAAUGUAGCUUACGACCACUGGAAGAUGAAGCAAGAAGUGGAUUCGGAGAGCAGAAGCAGAUUGCUGUGGAGCCCAUGUCACCAACAAAGCAAAAGGGCAACGAUUCUGCUACGAUGUUGUCUCCAUCAGCUUCUCCAGCAGCAACCCUGUUGUUGCAAACUAAUGCUUCACUUGUUCCCAUCAACAACAACCAACUGACAACAAUCAGCAUUUGACAACAAAAAAACGUAGCCUUCAAAGGUGUUUGUUGUUCGAUCUUUAUCGGGAUCAUUAUAUAAAAAAAUAAACUUUCUGCACAGCAUGC